UCUCACAGCCAAACAGACAUACUGCCCACUGCCUGGACAAGAUGGUAAAGAGGGAAUCGCAUUCAUCUGAUCACCUCACGGGAGGUUCUCACAGAAGGAUAAUGACAACUAAACUGGCAACAGCCAUAGCUGCUUUCUUUCUCUUGGCAAGUAUAGCUGUCAUUAUAGCAAUAUCUACAGUUCAGGUGAAACAGAGGACUUACCUUUCCCCUGGACUUAAGUAUGGCAUUGUGUUGGAUGCCGGCUCCUCCAGAACUACUGUAUAUCUGUAUGAAUGGCCAGCUGAAAAAGAGAACAACACUGGGGUUGUGACCCAGACUACAAAAUGUCCGGUUAAAGGCCCUGGUAUCUCAGAAAUUAAUGCAGAAGCCUGGAACAGCCUUAAAAAGUGUAUGGAAAACAUAACGAGUUUCAUUCCUCCACAUCAACAUAAAUCAACGCCCAUCUCACUUGGAGCAACUGCUGGAAUGAGACUACUAAAACAGAAGAAUGAAAAGCAGUCAAACGAUGUCCUGUUUGAAAUACAAAAGUAUCUUCGUUCUUUGCCAUUCGAUUUCCACAAUGCUUCCAUCAUCUCAGGUCAAGAAGAGGGUCUGUAUGGGUGGAUCACUGUCAACUAUCUGAUGGGAAACUUUUUGGAGAAAAAUAUAUGGAAUGCUUGGGUUCAUCCUCAUGGAGCACGAACCGUGGGGUCACUUGACCUGGGUGGGGCCUCCACUCAGAUCGCCUUCACAGCCCCGUCUGACACCACUGGAGAGGAUCUCAUAAAAAUUUCUCUCUAUGGCUACGAAUACAAUGUUUACACACACAGCUUCCUGUGCUAUGGCAAAAAUGAGGCUGAAAAACAAGUUUUGGCUGAGCUUGUUAAGCUGUCCAAUGAUUGGUUGCAUAUAUAUCAUCCAUGCUAUCCACUUGGCUACAAAACCACCAUGAAUGGAGAAGACAUAUUUAGCAGUGAGUGUACAAAACACAGGACUCCAACUGGCUAUUCCCCUGAGAAGUCUUUCACUUUCAUUGGACAGAGUAAUCCAGCAGCAUGCAAAUCCUUGGUCAAUAGGAUUUUUGACCUGUCAUCAUGCCAGGGAAAAGAGUACUGCUCAUUUAAUGGAGUGUACCAGCCACCUGUCACAGGUGACUUCAUGGCCUACGCAGGGUUUUUUUACACAGCUGGGAUUCUGGAUUUGAAGGGCUCUAACAGUCUGGAGAAGUUUAACUCUUCUGUGUGGUCAUUUUGCUCAAAGGACUGGAAAACACUCAAGACGACCUUCAACAUCACAGAAAAACACCUGAAAUCGUAUUGUUACUCUGCAAACUAUGUACAUACAAUUCUCGCAGACGGAUACAAGUUUAAUGCUGACAACUGGGAAAAACUUGAUUUUCAAAAAGAGGUAAAUAAGACGAGUAUAGCCUGGUCCCUGGGCUACAUGCUAGCUCAAUCGAACAUGAUCCCUGCUGAGGCGAAGCUCCUGAAGCUACCCAUUUCCAACAGUGUGUUUGCUACCCUCCUCUUCCUGUUCUCCGCUCUUACCAUCAUCACCCUUAUGUUUCUUAUUAUCACGCUGGUACGGAUCUGUUACUAAUGUUGUUGAAAGCCCAACUCAGGAGCCUAGCUUUGGCCUUUAAGCAGCAGCACUAGA